AUGUCGAGUUGUCGCCACAACAGCGCAAUCGAGACAGCUGAUCCGCUCCCUCAGCUUCAACAGCAACUCCGCGUCCGCGAUAGUCGAUUCAGUAUCCUGUCUCAGCACGAAAUUGACGCUAUCUAUGCAGCUGAGUACGGUGAGCCUACCCAGCAAGACUGCAACGACUUCUUCUUGCUCUUCCUUGGUCUACACGAAGAUAUCAUGGAGUUACAACGAGAAUUACUUGAGAUCACAGCAAGAGGCGCGGACGCUAUGACUAUAGCACCUUGUUUCUACGGCCGAUUGAACGUCAUUAUGAAAGAACGAAUCGAGACCCUUGCAAGCGGGAAGCCGCUUAGGGUUGAGGUGAAUCAGUCACCUCAUCCGCUAACCUACCAUGAGACUUACAUACUGUAG